UCGCCAUCUUGGUUGUCACUUUUCUAUUUCCUGUUUCACAUGUUGACAGGAGCACAGUAGACGAUAAUCAAGAUAAGGCCUGUUCACACUCACAUAUUCUGACAGUGGAACUGAGAGACAUAUCGACAUGGCCGAUCUGGGAACGGACAUGAUUACGAAACGUCCUCGGACUGCGCGGGACCAGUACACAGUCCUCACAGAAACACAGAUUAAAAAUAUAAAACAGAACCCAGCAGCAUUUUUCCACACAAACAAAGCAGCUGAUCAACACACCCGAAACUGGGACCCCAACAAGCGGUAUGUGAUUGACAGAACCGCUACCAGCACCAACCAGCACCUGUACAGGGGACUAAGUCUGUCUCACCCCGUGUGUUGGAUCGGGGAGAAGUACAACCGCUUUCCCCCUGCAGAUCACAAUACUGCACGGCUGGGGGCAUCGCUAAGAUGGGGGCCAGAGAAAACAGGGUCACGGACGUUUGGACAUUUUGAUGGCGAGGACUCCCAGCGCUUUACAAAGAUAGAUAUGUACAAGCGCCCCCCAACUAACCAGCCAGGUCGAGUGAUUAUGAGCUAUGGACGACCAGGAGACGGGUACUACUCACAGCGAAAUCCAAACAUGACUACCUGGUUUGGGGCCAGUCUUCCAUUGAACCGCACAGUCAUUCUUGAGGACAUUCAGCCUAAAACAUUCGCUGACUACGAGAUGAUUCGCCAGCACAAACAGGCUCACAUUUCUCGCAGGAUAAACCAGUGGCCGGAGUUCUCUGAAUAUACAGACAAAUUUGCCCUGUCAUCGAAAACAGAACCAAAAAUCACCUCAUUGGAGCAAAGAAAGAGACAUGUUUUACAAGCAUAGAGAGAGAGAGAGUUCAGCAUUAACGAAGACCAAAGCUGUCCAACAGCAUUAGUGCACCACCGUCGUGCCGUGCCAGAUUCUAGAAGACCAGAGAUAUUAAAACAAUAUCUUUUUUCGUGGUAGGGAAGGCUUUCUCGUCUCCGGUGAACAGGACAAUUUAAUCACUAAUACUGAUUUGUAUAACUCCAGCCAGUGUACGUUCUGGAGGUCAUAAGAUGUUUCUAUUUCUUUUGCCGGUUUAGGUUCUUGAGGUCACAAACUAUUUGUCUCUUGCCAGUUUAGGUUUGGAGGUCACAAGCCAUUUGUGUGGCUGUCUCAGUACAGGUUUUGAACAUUACAAGAUAGUUUUAUUCCUGAAGCUGGUUUAGGUUUUUCGGGUCAUUAGUUAUCUGUUUUUGGACUUUAUUGAAUCAAUAGAUGCAUACCCCUAUCCCAUCUUAUUUAACUUGUGUUCUAAAGGCUGGGCGUAGUUUACACUGACUGAUGACUCUCAUGCCUCAUUGCAAUGACUUGAUAAACGACAGUGACACUGAAAUAUUGUUUGGAGUGGAUUUCUCAAACCUGUUUUAUCAAUGAAUUGUUAUUUCCUAGUUAGGGCUUUGUUUUACAAACUGGAUCAUUGUUUAGAGAUAUUUACAGUAGCAGUUUGUAUCCUACAUUUACAGAAAUUUAUCUGAUUUGUACAAAAAUUAAGAGAGUUUCAAAAUGAGCUAUAAUACUCUUUUCUUACUGUCUCAAUGUGAUGAUGUUUUUGAAUAUUUUUAUGCUCACAAAAUAUUUUGCACCAAAUCCAAAGUAUUUAGUAUUGGUAUUUUCAUGUGUCAAAGAGUCUUGGUACUUUAGAGGCGUUUUGGCACACACGAGAGAAGACAUCCUUGUUGACCACAUGGAAUUGUAUGGAACCAACCAU